GGGCCCAGAGUUGUUAGAUCCUCCGAUUCUCCAAGAGCAGCUGAACGAAUCUCCUGAACAGCGUAUGUAGUCUUCUGUGUCAAACGUUGAAGAAAAACACACCUACAGUAGCGGGUAGUCCCUGCGCUGCCCGUUUGGCAGUCUCUGUUUGGGGGUGGUUUUUAGUUUUGCCCACCUCCUGCUCUGUCUAGAAAUCCCUUCUCAGCUCUCAGGCCAAGGUGAAAAGGAAACUCUCACCUUCUCCCAGCUGGGGCCUGGCGGCAUCUUGAACUUUCUGAUCCUCAUAAUCCUUGGUCUCGGGAAAUAUUAAUGAUUUAAUCUCCCGAGCUCUCUCCUUCACCUCUGCAGCCAUAGCGGCGAGAUCCACAGGCCAGACCCACAGAAGCCCAGCUUGGCACGAAACACCUCCCGACUCCGUCUUGCCACGAACUAUAAGCCUUUCCUGGGAAGGCCAGCCGGAGCUACCUCUCCACCAAAGUAGCCAGUGGGAUUCGCCAUGGGCGAGGUGACGGCAGAGCAGGUGGAGAAGUUCCUGGACUCGAAUAUCAUGUUUGCCAAACAGUACUACAACCUCCACUACCGGGCCAAGGUCAUCUCAGACCUGCUAGGGGCCAAGGAGGCAGCCGUGGACUUCAGCAACUACCACUCGCUGAGCAGUGUGGAGGAGAGUGAAAUCAUCUUCGACCUCCUGCGGGACUUCCGAGAAAAUUUGCAGGCGGAGAGAUCCGUCUUCAACGUCAUGAAGAAGCUGUGCUUCCUCAUGCGGGCAGACCGCAUGAGCCUGUUCAUGUACAGGGUCCGAAAUGGCAUCGCAGAGCUAGCCACCCGGCUCUUCAACGUCCACAAGGAUGCUGUUCUUGAGGAAUGCCUGGUGGUGCCCGACUCAGAGAUUGUGUUCCCCCUGGACAUGGGUGUGGUGGGUCACGUCGCGCACUCUAAAAAGAUCACCAACGUCCUCAACACAGAAGAGGAUGAGCAUUUCUGUGACUUCGUGGACACCCUCACAGAGUACCAGACCAAGAACAUCUUGGCUUCCCCCAUAAUGAAUGGGAAGGAUGUGGUGGCCAUAAUCAUGGCUGUGAAUAAAGUGGACGGGCCCCACUUCACCAAGACAGACGAGGAGAUUCUUCUCAAGUACCUUAAUUUUGCAAAUCUAAUCAUGAAGGUAUACCACCUGAGUUACCUGCACAACUGUGAGACUCGGCGUGGCCAGGUACUGCUGUGGUCUGGGAGCAAAGUCUUCGAAGAGCUUACGGACAUCGAGAGGCAGUUCCACAAAGCCCUGUACACGGUCCGAGCCUUCCUCAACUGUGACAGAUAUUCUGUGGGGCUCUUAGACAUGACCAAGCAGAAGGAAUUUUUUGAUGUCUGGCCAGUCCUGAUGGGGGAGGCUCCACCCUAUUCUGGUCCCAGGACUCCGGAUGGAAGGGAAAUCAACUUUUACAAGGUCAUUGACUACAUCCUACAUGGCAAAGAAGACAUCAAAGUAAUCCCGAAUCCACCUCCUGAUCAUUGGGCUUUAGUAAGCGGUCUGCCCACCUAUGUUGCCCAGAAUGGCCUGAUUUGCAACAUCAUGAAUGCGCCUGCGGAGGACUUUUUUGCAUUCCAGAAAGAGCCUCUGGAUGAGUCUGGAUGGAUGAUUAAGAAUGUCCUUUCUAUGCCAAUUGUGAACAAGAAGGAAGAAAUUGUUGGGGUGGCCACGUUUUACAAUCGCAAAGAUGGGAAGCCCUUUGAUGAGAUGGACGAGACCCUCAUGGAGUCUUUGACUCAAUUCCUGGGCUGGUCCGUCUUAAACCCUGACACCUAUGAGUCAAUGAACAGACUUGAAAACAGGAAGGAUAUUUUCCAGGACAUGGUAAAAUACCACGUGAAGUGUGACAAUGAAGAAAUCCAGAAAAUCCUGAAAACCAGAGAGGUGUACGGGAAGGAGCCGUGGGAAUGUGAGGAAGAGGAACUCGCUGAGAUCCUGCAAGGAGAGCUGCCUGAUGCAGAGAAGUACGAAAUCAAUAAGUUCCACUUCAGCGACUUGCCCCUCACGGAACUGGAGCUGGUGAAAUGUGGGAUACAGAUGUACUAUGAGCUCAGAGUGGUGGACAAAUUUCACAUUCCUCAGGAGACCGGAAAGCUGAAGCGAUACUUCACGGACCUAGAGGCCUUGGCCAUGGUCACCGCUGCCUUCUGCCAUGACAUUGACCACAGAGGCACCAACAACCUCUACCAGAUGAAAUCCCAGAACCCACUGGCCAAGCUCCAUGGGUCCUCCAUCUUGGAAAGACACCACUUGGAGUUCGGCAAAACAUUGCUGAGAGAUGAGAGCCUGAAUAUCUUCCAAAAUCUCAAUCGCAGACAGCAUGAGCAUGCAAUCCACAUGAUGGAUAUAGCAAUCAUUGCCACAGACCUCGCCCUGUAUUUCAAGAAGAGAACAAUGUUCCAAAAGAUUGUGGAUCAGUCUAAGACGUAUGAAACCCAACAGGAGUGGACGCAGUACAUGAUGCUGGAGCAGACACGGAAGGAAAUUGUUAUGGCCAUGAUGAUGACCGCCUGUGAUCUCUCGGCCAUCACCAAGCCCUGGGAGGUGCAGAGUAAGGUAGCUCUGCUGGUUGCCGCGGAAUUCUGGGAACAAGGUGACCUUGAGCGCACAGUGCUGCAACAGAACCCCAUUCCCAUGAUGGACAGAAACAAGGCGGAUGAACUCCCCAAGCUUCAGGUCGGCUUCAUUGACUUUGUUUGCACCUUUGUCUACAAGGAAUUCUCCCGCUUCCACGAGGAGAUCACUCCCAUGCUGGAUGGGAUCACCAACAACCGCAAGGAGUGGAAGACGCUCGCCGACGAAUACGAUGCCAAGAUGAAGACCCUGGAGGAGGAGAAGCAAAAGCGAGAGGCAGCCAAGCAAGCAGCGGCAGGAAAUCAGCCGGGGGAAAGCCCCAGCCAAGCAGGGGGCACACCUGCAUCCAAGUCCUGCUGUAUCCAGUAAUGCUGACCAGCAUCGGCUGAACGGAAUGGCACCACCCUUCGCGGAAAGACACUACCCAAGCCAGCAGAAAACCAAAAGCCUGCUUGCAAAGUAAAAGAGUAAUAGGAUUUGAAAGCUGAAAGAGAAUUUAGCUUACAUCCUAUCUAGUGGUGUUCAAACAUUUUUUGUUUUGAGUAUUUUACUGAGCUAAAACCAAUAUUCUAGCUUUCAUAGAUAGCAAUUAAACAUUUCAUUAAGGGCAGCUUCACCUGCUUGCUUAGAAUCAUUUUUGUCCUUAUACUUUGUUUUCUUGUAACAAUUGUCAAGCAUCCUCAAAAGUAGAGAACUGUAUAACAAAUCCCUCCCUCCUUCCUCAUCACCCAGAUUCCAAUAUCAAGAUUUUGCCACAUUUGCUCAUCCAUCCUUUUACAUUUCUUUUGCACUUUUUUCUCUUAGCUGAAGUUUUUUCUUUAUUAAAUUGAU